AUGCCAGCGGACGGGAGGCGGCGCGGCCCCGGCGAGCAGCUGUACGGCCACCAACGAGCUGCUGCGUGGCUCUCGGCGACAGGGUGGGCGGGUGCGGUCCCUCGCGAUGGAGGCACAGCGCUGCCUGCGGCGAGCAUCCCCCACUCUAGGAAGGCCCAGCUGCCCAUUCACAAGCCAGGUGCCUCUGCAGCCCAAAAUCACCAACCAACCCAAAGCUUUCUUUGCUGCCUGCCGCGGCGCGUCGCAACCCGGGCCGCCAAGAUAGGGUCGGAAAGCCCCGCCGCCGACGGCGUCGGCGACCCAGCGCGCAAGCGGCCCAGCGGCAGCGAUGGCCCCACCCCGGCGCCCGCCGACAAGCGCCGCCGCCCGGAGCACCCCUCCUCCUCCUCCGCGGGCUCCCUUGACCGCCACCAGCCCCACCACCACCAACCCCACGGCCGCCGCCCGCCGUCUUCCUCGGCCGAGGAGAAGGUGCGCGCCUCCCACAUCCUGAUCAAGCACGAGGGCUCCCGCCGCAAGGCCUCGUGGCGGGAUCCCGAAGGCCUGGCCAUCUCGGCCACGACCCGCGACGACGCGGCCGACCUCGCGCGCGCGCUCCGCGACCAGAUCGUCUCCGGGGACCGCAAGUUCGAGGACAUCGCCGCCGAGAACUCCGACUGCAGCUCGGCCAAGCGCGGCGGUGACCUCGGUUCAUUUGGAAGGGGUAAGAUGCAGAAGGCUUUUGAGAAGGCUGCGUUCGCUCUGAAGGUGGGGGAGAUAAGUGACGUGGUUGAUACAGAGAGCGGGGUGCACAUCAUCAAGAGGACUGGCUGA